AUGGGCGGUGUCGGGGAGCCCGGCGGGGGGCCGGAGGCGCACGGGGGGCCGGCGCUGCGUGGGGGGCCGCUGCCCGCCUUCCGCUGGGAGCAGAUCCGCCCGCACGACCUGCCGGGCGACAAGUGGCUGGUGAUCGAGCGCCGCGUCUACGACAUCAGCCGCUGGGCGCAGCGGCACCCGGGGGGCAGCCGCCUCAUCGGCCACCACGGCGCCGAGGACGCCACGGACGCCUUCCGUGCCUUCCACCAGGACCUCAGCUUUGUGCGCAAGUUCCUGCAGCCCCUGCUGAUCGGAGAGCUGGCCCCCGAGGAGCCCAGCCAGGACGGAGCCCAGAACGCCCAGCUGGUGGAGGACUUCCGCGCCCUGCGCCAGGCGGCCGAGGACAUGAGGCUGUUUGAGGCCCAGCCCUCCUUCUUCGCACUCCUGCUGGCCCACAUCCUGGCCCUGGAGCUGCUGGCCUGGCUCAUCGUCUACCUCCUGGGCCCCGGCUGGCUGCCCAGCACCCUCACCGCCCUCAUCCUCACCGUCUCCCAGGCCCAGAGCUGGUAUCUGCAGCACGACCUGGGUCACACGUCUGUCUUCCGGAGGCCCCGGUGGAACCACGUGGCCCAGCAGUUUGUGAUGGGACAGCUCAAGGGCUUCUCCGCCCACUGGUGGAACUUCCGCCACUUCCAGCACCACGCCAAGCCCAACGUGUCCCACAAGGACCCCGAUGUGACCUUGGCCCCCAUCUUCCUCCUGGGGGAGUCGUCCGUCGAGUACGGCAGGAAGAAGCGCCGAUACCUGCCCUACAACCACCAGCACCUGUACUUCUUCCUCAUCGGCCCGCCGCUGCUCACGCUGGUGAACUUCGAGGUGGAGAACCUGGCCUACAUGCUGGUGUGCCUGCAGUGGCAGGACCUGCUCUGGGCUGCAAGCUUCUACUGCCGCUUCUUCUGGUCCUACGUCCCCUUCUACAGCGUGUCCGGGGCCCUGCUGCUGUUCGUGGCGGUCAGGGUCCUGGAGAGCCACUGGUUCGUGUGGGUCACGCAGAUGAACCACAUCCCCAAGGAGAUUGGCCACGAGAAGCACCGGGACUGGGCCAGCUCGCAGCUGGCGGCCACCUGCAACGUGGAGUCCUCGCCCUUCAUCGACUGGUUCAGCGGGCACCUCAACUUCCAGAUCGAGCACCACCUCUUUCCCACAAUGCCCCGGCACAACUACCACCGGAUGGCGCCGCUGGUGAGGGCGCUGUGCGCCAAGCACGGCCUCGCCUACGAGGUGAAGCCCUUCCUCACCGCCCUGGUGGACAUCGUCAGGUCCCUGAAGAAGUCUGGCAACCUCUGGCUGAAAGCCUACCUCCAGCAGUGA